UCUUAUUAAAUGUUUGCUUCUAGAAGAGCCUUAAAACUUGUAGCUAAAAAGUAUCCUUCAGUGACUACCAAUGGGAAGAGAUCAAUCUCCUUACUCGUUAAUAGUAAUGGGUUGAAUGAAGAGCAGAGAAUGAUCCAAGAAGCUGCCAUGAGCUUCUCAGAAACCCUCCUCAUGCCAAACGCAGCUGAAUGGGAUGAGAAGAAGCACUUCCCAAAAGAUGUCAUUAAAGAAGCAGCUGAUUACGGUUUCGCUGGUAUUUACGUCAAAGAAGAUGUUGGAGGAGUAAACCUCGGUAGGAAAGAAGCCAGUCUCAUCUUUGAGGCCCUCUCAACUGGGUGUGUUGGAACUUCAGCCUAUAUUUCCAUCCACAACAUGUGCGCCUGGAUGAUUGAUGUUUAUGGAAAUGAAGACCAAAGACAGAAAUAUCUUCCUAGUAUGACCACCUUCGACUUGUUUGGAUCAUAUUGUCUUACUGAGCCUAACUCAGGAUCUGAUGCCAUAGCCAUGAAGUCCACUGCCGAGGAUAAAGGCGAUUACUUCCUCCUCAACGGAGAGAAAGCCUUCAUCAGCGGAGCAGGUGAUUCAGAUGUUUUCCUAGUAAUGGCCAAAACUGGAGAAAAAGAAAUUUCGUGCUUAAUCGUUGAUGGAGAUACAGAAGGACUUAAAUUCGGAAAGAACGAAACUAAGAUGGGAUGGAACGUGCAACCAACCAGAGCAGUCAUCUUCGAAGACUGUAAGAUUCCAAAGGAGAAUUUACUUGGCUCAAGAGGUCAAGGAUUUAAGAUUGCUAUGUCUGGGCUUGAUGGAGGUCGUGUAAAUAUUGCUAGUUGUAGUCUUGGAGGAGCAGCUUUUUGCCUUGACACAGCUACAGAGUAUAUUAAAACAAGAAAGCAGUUUGGUAAACCCCUUGCAAACUUCCAAUAUCUUCAGUUUAAGCUAGCACAGAUGGCUACUGACCUUGAAGCAUCCAGAUUAAUGGUAAGAAAUGCUGCUGACAUGAUUGAUCAGAACAACGAGGAGAAAACAAUGUACUGAGCCAUGGCAAAGUAUUUUGCUACAGAAAAAUGUAUGGAUCUAGUUGACUACGCCCUCCAAAUGCAUGGAGGAUACGGAUACCUUAGAGAAUAUCCAAUUGAGAGAUAUUAUAGAGAUCUCAGAGUCCAUAGAAUCCUUGAAGGUACCUCCGAAGUAAUGCAACUCAUCACUUCCAGAAACUUAUUAAAAGACUAAUAUCCAAGGUUUAAGAUCUAUAUCGUGAUAAUCAAUAAAUUCUA